AUGUCACUGUGUUUUAAGAUUAUUUUAUCAUGGGCAGUGUAAAAAAAAAUUAUGAUAAAUAUUUAGUCUAAAGAUACUUAGUCACCUAAAUAUAAAAUAUAUUUUAAACUCUCAACAAAGAUUUAUUGGGACUUGAAGAAGUAAAAAGAAGGAAUGAUUUUACAAUCCUUCGUUUUUCCUUACUAAAACAAAUUUAAGACUUUGUAUGCUGACCAGUUAGAUUUGCUUAGGUAAAAUGAAAUAUUAUGAUAGAUUUAAAGACCUAUUAGAUUUAAGAGUUACAUAUGAAGGAAUUGGAGAUAUUUAUAUACCCUUAUUACAAAUUGGAAAAGGCAGUUCAGCAAAAGUAAAUUAAUUUUGAAAUAUUUAGGUAUACAGUGCAUAAAAUGUUAUUAAUUCAAAAGUAUAUGCUAUCAAAGCUAUUGAGAAAUCAUUUUUAAAUUAAACUGAUAAAGGCUCAGGAUUAGUAAUCAUAUUCAUUUAAAAAUAAAUUAUAGGAAGCCUAUAAUAUGGAAGUAUCAAUCCUAAAAAUUUUAUCUUCUUACUCAUCCAACUUUCUUAUUUUAAAGGAAAUCUAUGAAGGAGAUCAUACCUAUUACUUAGUGACCGAGUAUUUGGAAGGACAAAGUUUAAGCGAAGAAAUAGAAAGAGCCAAGGUAUUUAAUGAUUUCUAAAGUAUAAGGGACUCUCUGAUAAACGAUUACCAAUAUAAAAUAUUAAAAUAAUAAUUGCAAAAUUAUUAUCAAGUGUGGCUUUAUUGCAUUCUCAUAAGGUAAUCUCUCUAUUAAAUAAUUUUAGAUUAUCCAUAGAGACUUAAAACCUGACAAUUUGAUGUUUGCAAAGAGGAAUGAUUAUUAUACUUUAGUCCUUGUAGACUUUGGAUUAGCUACAAUUGAAACUUUAGAUAAGUAUUCUAUCAUAUAAUAACAACCUAGAUAUUUAUUUCCUAAAUGUGGAACUCCAGGGUAUGUAGCUCCUGAAAUCUUAACUACUAAUGUUGGUAAUAAAUACACUACAAAGGUGGAUAUCUUUAGUUGUGGUUGUAUACUAUAUAAACUUUUGACUGGAAAGAGUAUAUUUAAUGGUAAAACAUUUGAUGAAGUUAUGAGAGCUAAUAAAAAAUGUGAGAUUGAUUUUAAUUUACCAAUUGAUCAAAAUUAUAUCACUGAAGAUUCAAUAGUAUUUAUUUAAUCAUAUUUUAAUGAGAAUUUACUAAAAUAAUUGUUAAAAAAAGAUCCAAAACUUAGAAUUAGUGCUAGAAAGGCUCUUUAACAUCCUUUUUUUGAUUAAAUAAGUGAGUAUAGCACUUAACUCUAAGCAUCACUUCUAUCAACAAUGAAAUAGAACAAUCUCAAUUUCUAAAUUUAAUGCGAAGAAAUAUUGUCAUAAUAUAAUUUAGAAGAAGAUAUUAUAAAUUCUGAAAUUUUGGAUUAAGAAUUAAAUUAGAUUUAAAUACCAAAAUUAAAGAAAUGUAAUUAAUUAAUUGAAUUAUAAUCACCAUAAAAAGCAAUGUUUCAAUUUUUUUAGAAGGAACCACUUUCAAUAAUAAGAAGUAGUAGAUUAGUUGAUUUGGCAAGUCCAAGAGGUGAUUUUAUGGAUGGAAUCCAAGAAUGA